GUUUCUGACAAGAGUCUGGCCUUGUGUUUGAACCUGGACACUGUCACUUACAGAGUCAAGGAGAUGCCUCCAGGAGACAGCAACUCAUUCUCUUCCCUCCACUGCAGGCUUUCCCCGGCAGCACCUGCUUCAUCCAUGGCCAAGCCGACUUCUGCCAAAGUGGACAAUAACGAAGCAACUUCAGAUAUUAAUAUGAAACGUUCAGCUAGUUCUGAUGAACGGGACGAGUCCACAGCCAAAAGGUUUAAGAUAUCAAAUGUGUUGGCUCCAGCUAGAGACAAGAGGAUGUCUUCAUCUGUUGCUGUGAGUGUGGCUAGUACAUUCCCAAUAGCUGCAACUACAGCAAAGUGCACAGAGAGCAGAAUCAACCUGAUCAAUGCUGAGCCAACUGUGUCGUCUGCAUUAUCGUCCUUACCUUCAGCCAUAUCACUUCAGUCAGCUCAAGUACAUGGCCAUUCGUCAACCGUUUCCUUACCAACAUCAUUACUGUCGUCAUCGUUGUCAUCCCACAGUGUUACUACAGCAUCUAAAUCUACCUCAUUAAAUAUUCGUUCCCCCUACAUACACAUUUCCUGCCCCACAACAAAGCAACAGCCAGUCUCCAACACAGUGGGCGGCCCCAGGAAGCACAGUCCGGCCUCCAGCAAGACCUCUAAGAGUCAUCCAGUGACAGUUGCCAUCACUGAAUCUGCUUGUGUGCCUGAGUCCAAAUCACACAUGUUGCCUUACAUCAUCAGCAGCUGCAGCAGUUCUUCAAUGGGACAUCAGCAGAAGGUGAUUUUUGCGACAUCAGAAAACCAGACCCUGCCAACAGGCAACAGCAUACCUGUAGUCCUGGCCGCCCCAGGUACCCAGCAGCUCAUCAGCUCUGCAGCUGUGCUACUGACCACCAGCUCAGUGAGUUCAGGAUCUAAUAUGAUGGUCAGGCAACCAGCUCGGUCUCAUCAACCAAAUGCCCAUGUUCUCACAAAUCCGUCAACAUCUUCCAGGUCCCAGAAAGGAAGCUCACCCUCAUCAUCACUGUUUCCCUCACCUUCUGUAUCUUCUAGCCAAACACUGGCAGGGUCCACACAUCCACGGUCUCUCCUAGGAAUCGUGAAACCCACCCAAGUCAGAGUGUCCAGGCAGCUGUUUCACGAGACCACCAGUCUACCUCUGACUUCUUCAGUUGUUACUAAUGGCCACAGUUCCAUAAAGCCUGAAGUAGCAUCCAUGGACUUGCAUCCUCUGUUACAGAAUUUCAACGUAAAGACCGGAGUCACACAUGCAGACUUAAAUUCAAUGUCAGCAACAGUCUCCACCAACUGCCAGCUCUCUGCCUCCAUCGCAAGUGCUACAGUCAGCAGCAUUCAGCAGCUGCUUAUCAAACCAGCUCCCAUCAGUAAGACUUUGAUGACUCCGCCAUCUGGGCAGCAGUUUUCCACUAGUCCAAGCAAAACCGUGAUCAACUCGCACAUGGCUGGCGUCGACGACAUAUCAGUCCUUACAGGCAUGGAUUUGUCCGGCGAUGAGCUGGGCCCAUUAAACACAUCUUCUGAUAGUUUGAACGGGGCUCUGUCAGGGUGCUCCCAUCUGGCAGACUCACUAAUGACGUCAGAUGUGACAGCAGCAUCUAGUGUUUCAGAAGCAGAUGAAAGUCUGACAGGCAUGGUGCACAUUGUGGACUCAGACAUGCAGGCAUUUGACACUAUCAGUAAAGCUAAUCUUAGUGCCACUGAUGGUAUACCACUAGUCAACGGCAGCUGUUCCUCAUAUAUAAAGACUAAAGACUGUACUAUCAUCACUCAGACCUCUUCAUUAUCAUCCCCCAGUUCAUCGUUGCCCUUAGCUUUAUCUGAUUCAUCUGACUUUCUUCGUGUCUCCAAAUCAACCAAGUUAGUGUCCUCAAGUUCUCCAGAUUCCACAAGUAUUAUGCAGCCAGCACUCUAUCACAUGACCUUGAAUGUGCCAGUCAGUAAUCAAAGUUACAAGUCUGAUGCAUCCAUUAUGAUGUCAGACAUGUCAUUUCCCAACCAGGGAACAGCUGAGAUUAUGGACAGUGACAGUUGCCAACUUGAUGGCAUCUCACCCAUCUUAGCAUCCGAUGAACUUCAGGACAAUGGUAUCAGUAUUUUAUCUGAGCCAAUGCCAGGCAUUGAUGCCCAGGGAACAGAUGGGCAGAGCAUGGACUUGGGCCAAGUGGCUAUUUCAGAUUCAUUGGCCGGGGAAGAGGAUGGGCAGCUGUUUUUGUCUGAAGAUACGAGCAUUUACCAAAUAGAGGAUGGGACAAUCAUCAUACAGAAAGCAAAUGGUAACACAUACCAGCUGCAGGGGGCUCAGGGGCUUUCCCUGGAAACUGUUCAGGCUUUGUUAUCUGGGACACUGGACCAGCUGGUCGGAGUCGAUGUCACUGGGGAGGGCAUACAGACAGACAUGAACCUGCACUGA